UAGCUGUCAACAGUGAACUUUUACUCUACACAUUUUGUGUGUGCUAAUCCCAUUUGCAUCAGUAUUAAUCAGUGUAGUUACUGUUGUAGGGUGUAGGGUGCUGUUGGUCUCAUACUGCAUCCUGUAUACUUUCUGUACAAGAUGAAGAGCUGCAUAGAUUUAACUGUGACAACAAGGUUUAGGUCCCUCCUGUGUAAAAUACAGUUUUGGGCUUUCUACAGUCACAUCCAUGAGAUGAGCUUGAUUAUAAUUAGGUUUAACUGUCAAAAAAUAAACUUCAGAAAAGAAAUUAUGAUUUGUCAUUUUGUGUUGUACUGUGUUGCUUUCAUUGUCAAAAGAAGGUUCUUUGUUGUGCUUUUGGUUUGUUUUUCUAUGUAAAAACUGAAAAUGUAGGGUAAAAAUGCAUAAUAUACAAGUGUUAAAAAAGCCCUGUUUUAUCAGCUCAGUUCCUGAAGUGGUCACUAAUGUGUCUGUACAUCUGCUGUAUUUGAAUUAUUGCAAGGAACAGAAACAUUUUAUUUAGCAGAUAUAAAGUAGAAACUAAGAAUUGAGAAUUUAAUUUUUAAAAAAUCUGUUACAAAAGAUUUUGACAGAAAAGGGGAAUAACAUACAGUCUCCGUCCCUCAAAUCCAUCCCCUUCCUUGAAUGAGUCACAGCCCUCCCUGAUAGCCCUCCCUCUUCUUCUUACUCCCUACAUCAGCACUUCCUCUCUGUCUAAAUGUUUCCUUGUUCCCUCCCCUUCAGAUCUGCAUUUUAAAGAUGGGUGUAACAUGUGGUGAUGUAUAAGAGCUGACCAGUCCCAUUCACAGCAAACCUUAUGUUUAAAUCAUAGCUCAGAUUAAUUUGAAUUGUAAGGAAACUCACAACCAUACAAUCACCCUCACUAACAGUUAGAGAAAAAAUGACACAGAAAGGAGUUCAGCUGGACCGAGAAAGCUUCUCUUGUUCAAUCUGUUUGGAUCUACUGAAGGAGCCAGUGACUAUUCCCUGUGGACACAGCUACUGCAUGAACUGUAUUAAUGGCUUUUGGGAUGGAGAGGAGGAGAAGAAAAUCUACAGCUGCCCUCAGUGUAGACAAACUUUCACACCGAGGCCUGUCCUGGUGAAAAACACCAUGUUAGCAGUUUUAGUGGAGCAGCUGAAGAAGACUGGACUCCAAGCUGCUCCUGCUGAUCACUGCUAUGCUGGACCUGAAGAUGUGGCCUGUGAUGUCUGCACUGGAAGAAAAAUAAAAGCCUUCAAGUCCUGUUUAGUCUGUCUGGCAUCUUACUGUGAGAAACACCUUCAGCCUCAUUAUGAUUCACCUACAUUCAAGAAACACAAGCUGGUGGAGCCCUCCAAGAAGCUCCAGGAGAACAUCUGCUCUCGUCAUAAUGAGGUGAUGAAGAUGUUCUGUCGUACUGAUCAGCAGAGUAUCUGUUAUCUCUGUCCUGUGGAUGAACAUAAAGGCCACGACACAGUCUCAGCUGCAGCAGAAAGGACUGAGAGGCAGAGAGAGCUGGAGGUGAGUCGACAAAACAUCCAGCAGAGAAUCCAGGACAGAGAGAAAGAUGUGAAGCUGCUUCAACAGGAGGUGGAGGCCAUCAAUCAGUCUGCUGAUCAAACAGUGGAGCACAGUGAGAAGAUCUUCACUGAGCUGAUCCAUCUCAUCCAGAAAAGAAGCUCUGAUGUGAAGCAGCAGAUCAGAUCCCAGCAGGAAACUGAAGUGAGUCGAGUCAAAGAGCUUGAGGAGAAGCUGGAGCAGGAGAUCACUGAGCUGAAGAGGAAAGAUGCUGAGCUGAAGCAGCUCUCACACACAGAGGAUCACAUCCAGUUUCUACACAACUACCCCUCACUGUCAGCACUCAGUGAGUCUACAGACUCAUCCAGCAUCAAUAUCCGUCCUCUGAGCUACUUUGAGGAUGUGACAGCAGCUGUGUCAGAGGUCAGAGAUAAACUACAGGACAUUCUGAGAGAGAAACGGACAAACAUUUCACUGACAGUCACUGAAGUGGAUGUUUUAUUGUCACGACCAGAGGCAAAGACCAGAGCUGGAUUCUUAAAAUAUUCAUGUGAAAUCACACUGGAUCCAAACACGGUACACAGAAAUCUGGUAUUAUCAGAAGGGCACAGAAAAUCAGCGUUUGUUUUUCAAGAUCAGUCUUAUUCUGAUCAUCCAGAUAGAUUCACUGGAUAUGAACAGGUCCUGAGUAGAGAGAGUCUGACUGGACGUUGUUACUGGGAGGUGGAGUGGAGCGGCAUAGGAGUGUAUAUAGCAGUUGCAUACAAGGUUAUCAGGAGAGCAGGGACUGUAAAUGAAUGUAUGUUUGGACGUAAUGACAAAUCUUGGGCAUUAGAUUGCAACAAAAACAGUUAUAGGUUUUGGCACAACAACAUCCAAACUCGUGUCUCAGGUCCUCGUUCCUCCAGAGUAGGAGUGUACCUGGAUCACAGAGCAGGUAUUUUGUCCUUCUACAGCGUCUCUGAAACCAUGACUCUCCUCCACAGAGUCCAGACCACUUUCACUCAGCCACUCUAUGCUGGACUUUGGCUUUACACAGAUGACUGGUUGAUUUUUAAAACAAUUGCUGAAUUCGUUAAACUGAAAUAGACUGAAGUCUUUCAUAUUACUGUGGGCUUAAAUCUGUAUUUUAGCUUCAUUUUAUUAUCUCUUGAUCAUUGUUGUAGUUUUAUUUACAAAAAUAUUUCUCCACUGUUGUUUCUCUCCCACUUCAUAAACCUUAACAGAGACAUCAGCACAUCUUCCUUUUUCAGAUAGAUUUUGUCAUCCCCACGCCCCCAUCCCAAAUCAACAAACAAAUUAUGAUGAACAAAACUCUAAUUAUCAUUAUAAUAAUCCAUUUAUAGAUCAUUCAUUAUGUUCAAUAUGUAAUGUGUGAAAAAACUGAAGAUAUUUAGCAUAAA